UUCCGGUUACUUCUGCCUUGGCGGGAGCGUGCUCAAUGAGAUGUUUGGAGCGAGUAUAGGCGACCUUUACAGUUAUGACGGACGGACCCGGUGCGCCCUUCACCAGGCUCCAGCUGGAAGCGCUGCGCUCCGGUGCUGAAGAGUCGCUGCACCUCUUGCCCUGUCAAAUCCAUAGACAAGGGGCAGCUAAAGUAGAGGAGUUUUUCAGUCCUGCAAUAAGAGCGGCGCCCGGAGGAAAAGAAGUGUCCUUCAGAGGCAGGAAGCUUAGAGGACAAGAAGUCACUUUACCAGACGGAUACAUGGGCAUCGUCCUGAAGGAAGAUCAUAAACCAUGUGCUGAAGAGGAGGAUCGUUCUUUAAAUGUCAGAUCCAUCUUUCAAUCAUUCACGCAGUGGAACUUGGAGACUCCACCGUCUGCAGAUGAUGUCUUGGUAAUGUCACUGGCAUGGCCAAAAAUAGCUUCUGCGAUUCAUGCACCAGUUGAAUAGAAGCAAUUAUAACGCACCAUGUAAAACUUAUCCUUUGCCUAAAGAAGAGACGUCAACACUUUGAAGCAUGAUUUUUAUUCUUUUUUAAGCUGGUGGCCAUUUUUAGUGUCCAUCAGUUUUGCAUUUAGACAUGAGCAUGCAAGUAUGCGAUUAAUUACCAGACACGAUGGAGCAAAUCUACUAAUCCUGUAGAUGAUGUACACAAGCGGUCUACACAUGCACCUCAUGUAUCAGUGUCUGGUGCUGGAUGAUAAAUUUGGUGUAGACCCUCUUUUCUAAUACUAUUGGUAGGUGUAGUUUGUGAUGUCAGAAUUGUAACACAAAUGAUUGGCUUACAUUUUAUGUCUAAAUUGUAGCACAAAUUUGGUGUCAAAGUUGCAUCUUAAAGAAGCACUCUGUUGUUCAUUUGCCUAUAUAGUGCAGGCUCAGCCAUUAUUAAAAAAUAAGGUGGA